AUUUAAACUUUGCACCUUCCAACAAUACAUCUAUGAACGAAUAUGUAUAUGCCUCAAGUAAUAAUUCAUUCAAUUUAGGUGCGGAUUUAUCUAGUAGUCGAUUCAAUAAUACAGCUAACGAUGUUUCUGCGGAC